AUCCUCCUCUCGUCUUCCGCAAGACACCCGCGCGCGCCCAACACCGGCGUCCGGGCGUCCGCCUUGUCAAGGGACCACCGCCGGCGCGGAUACAUGACCAUCCUGAUAGGGUUGCGAUCGGCGGCGACGGAAACGCCGCUUGAUGGCGGAUCAGCGACCUGCGGUAAGCCAUAAUUUUCUUGAGUUGAGGAACAAUUCGAAGAUCUUUAUCGCGACUUCACAGGCCCUAAGGAAAAAAGAGGAGGCUGUUCUUCUUGCGGUGCAAUUACGCAACAAUUUUUUUGCUUUUAUUUCUUGGUCGAGAGGGAUCUAUCAAACAAUCAAUUCAUGGGUCCAAUACUUGCCAAGUCCAUGGUCUUUAUUACCGGCCUUCUUCAGAAAUUUGUUAAACAGCAUCGCUCUCUGUGUCCCAAUGGAGGGACGACCGCCACGCCGGCUGUUCCUGCGCCAUGCGUUGGGGGGAGACCUGUUCCAAGGUUGUGCAGGUACGACGCCAUAAUGAGCAAGAAAAGGACGAGCGAAGAGGAGAUAACGAUGAGCUCCAACACGUUUGGGGUGAAACAAGCAUCCAAGCCUAAUCGAGGGUAGCAUGAUGGACCCUUCGCAUGUGAAUUUCUUGGAUCUUGACUUUUCUUCGGUCCCAACAAGUCUACGCUUCGAAUAUUAGUGCUACCGACAGAGCUUGCCUGGGAGACUCCAGCGUUAUCCGGAGAGGUGGACGCAAUGUCGGCUCUCUUCAUCUUCUUCGGCUUCUUCUGCUCUAUUUUGGCUGCAAGAAUUUUAGUUCACGCCCAGCAAGGUUUCAUAACCAUUGAUUGUGGCCUUGAUGCAAAUACUAGCUAUAAAGAUAAUCUCACAGGAAUAGAAUAUGUUUCUGAUGCAGCAUACAUUGAUACAGGAGAAAAUCAUAAUAUUUCUAGUGAUUAUCUACCCAAUGCAGACGCAGUUCAGAACACGAACCUGAGAAGCUUUUCUGAUAACACUCGAAACUGCUAUACUCUGAAGCCCGUCCUCCAGGGGAACAAGUAUAUGAUCAGAGCUGCAUUCAUGUAUGGAAAUUAUGACGGCAAGAAUCGGAUACCACGGUUUAACAUUUACAUAGGGGCAAAUCUUUGGGAUACCUUUAAGUUUGAAACUGCAUCUGCAGUUUAUGGGGCAGAGACUAUGAUUGUUGCUUCAGCAGAUUUUAUAUCAGUAUGCCUUGUCGGCAUUGGAGACGGGGCACCAUUUAUAUCAUCAUUGGCUCUAAGGUUUCUGGGUGGACUUUACAGUGUUCUCAACACAUCAAAUUUCCUUUUCAACCCUGUACGGUAUGACCUGGGGUCAGUCACUAAUCGUUCAAUCAGGUAUCCAUUUGAUCAUUAUGAUCGCAUGUGGACUCCUGACAACCGCUUACCUUCGAAGUCAUCGCUUUUGUCGCGGAAUACUUCCUCGAAUAUCAGUAGCUCGCAAGACGAUGGCUUUCGAGUUCCAAUAAGAGUCAUGAGAACUUUUGUCACACCAUCUAAUGGCUCCAACAUAAAUAUCCCUUGGGAUAUGACUCCUGACCCUACAAUACAACAACACAUUGUUCUGCACUUGGCAGAGAUCCAGUUGCUUAGGAGCAACGAAUCGCGGAUAUUUGACAUCUUCUUGAAUGAAAAAUUGUGGUAUGGAGCUUUCAGCCCUCGAUACUUGCAGACAGAUCAUAUAUUCACCACAGAGCCUAUAAAUCAAAGAUCCAACAUGAUUAGAAUAUCAAAGGCAGCCAAUUCCACCCUUCCGCCAAUUUUGAAUGCGAUAGAAGUCUACCAAGUGAAGAGCUUCUCAGAGUUGGCUACAGAUAAUGGAGAUGUUGAUGCAAUCACGGAUGUGAAGAAAACAUACCACAUAGAGAAAAAUUGGAUAGGGGAUCCGUGUAGUACAAGAAAUUACACUUGGGAAGGACUGGGUUGCAGUUACGAUAGCUCCAUGUCACGAAGAAUUGUAAAUCUUAGCUUGGCUGAUUAUGGAUUGUCUGGAAAAAUUGCUGCUUCUUUUGCGAAGCUUGGAGCUUUGAUAUACUUGAACUUAGCAAAUAAUAAUCUGUCAGGAGAAAUACCUGAAGCACUUGGAGAAUUACAUUUUCUACAAGAACUAGACUUGUCGAACAACCAACUGAAAGGGCCGGUUCCUACUCUUCUUCAAAUAAGAUCAGAAAACCAGUCUCUUAUAUUAAGAAUUGGGGGCAAUUCUGGUCUUUGUUAUGGAAGCAAUUCAUGUCAGAGUCAACGGAAGUUAUCAGUCACCAUCAUCAUUGUUAUAGUGGUAAUUGCAGCAGCAUUCCUGCUGAUGGUGGCAGCAUGUAUGUGGAAAAUUAGGCGGAAGCAAGCAGGUUCUUUGAAGCCACAGAAGGAAGGUCACUCCAGAGGACAUCUAAAAGAUAAAAAUGAGCUAUUUGAAUUAAAAAGUAGACAAUUCACAUUUGAAGAUCUUGUGGUUAUUACCAAAAGCUUUCAGCAUGCCAUUGGUAAAGGAGGAUUUGGGAUAGUUUACCUUGGUGAAUUACAAGAUGGAACUCAAGUUGCUGUCAAGGGAGAACUCUUGACAAGGAUACAUCAUAAGAAUCUUGUGUCUUUGGUUGGAUAUUGUGAAGAUGGCAACUAUCUAGCGCUUGUCUACGAGUAUAUGGCCCAAGGAAGUCUUGAGGAUCAUCUUCGAGGUAAAAGUAGUACCACCAGAAUCUUAAACUGGAUUCAGAGACUCCAAAUUGCAAUUGAGGCUGCCCAAGGCCUGGAAUAUCUUCAUAGUGGAUGCAAGCCGCCUAUAAUCCACAGGGAUGUGAAGCCUUCCAACAUCCUUCUCAACCACAAAGGAGAGGCCAAAAUAUCCGACUUUGGGGUGUCCAGGAUUUUCCAAGGUGACCAAACUCAUGUAUCAACUGCUGUGGUUGGCACCAUGGGAUAUCUUGAUCCAGAUUACUUUUUCAGUUGCAAGCUGACCGAGAAAAGUGAUGUAUAUAGUUUUGGGGUGGUUCUCUUGGAGUUGAUCACAGGUCUUCCUGCUAUAUUGAGAAAUCCAGAUAGGGGGCAACUCGUUCACUGGAUACUUGCAUCGGGAGACAUCAACGCUGUGAUAGAUGACAGAAUGCAAGGUGAAUAUGAUGCUAACUCAGUUUCAAUGGCUGCAGAAAUAGCAAUGAAGUGUACGCUGCCUACCUCCAUUGAGAGGCCAACCAUGAGUGAAGUGGUGAUGCAGUUGAAGGAAUGCCUGGCACUGGAGCUUUUUUCUGGCACCACCCAGAUCCAUGACACAUCCGAAAUUCGCACAAACUGUGAUGAUUCGGUCGAGUUAUCUUCCUCAACGACGACUACGAACCGUCGUCAAAAUGAUGACUCAGAAUUGUCUUCUGCAGGAAUCACCACCAGCUAUUAUCAAAAUGAGUCUGCUGUGUCCCAAACCGCAGCUUUGCUUCACCAGGGAUGCGAUUUCAGUAAGUAUUGAUGACACAGUUAUCUACAGAUCCAGUGACUCUUUUGAAUCGCAUGGUGCAAAAAGAAGCCUUUUCUCAUCAGUUGACUUGUGAUUGUGUUGACACUUGUUCAUCAACCUACUUAAAUUCAAAGAUGCCAAUUGUUUGUUGAAUGAAACCAACGAAGAAAAAUCAUGUUUUUUCUGA